ACAAGAAUCAUUCUCUUUGGACUGAUAUUUGUUAAGUUCCGCCUCCCCUUCACUCCUCCGUGAUCAAAUCCAAUUCAAUGGCCGUUACCUUCUCAGAUCUCCACACCGAAUCAGGCCUCAAAUGCCUCGACGAGUUCCUCUCCGGCAAAGCUUAUAUUUCUGGGGAUAAGCUGACAAGGGAUGACAUAAAGGUGUACGCCGCCGUUUCGGAGAAUCCCGGAGACUCCUUUCCGAAUGCUAGUAAGUGGUACGACGCCGUUUCGACCCAUCUGGCUACAAGCUUCCCUGGGAAAGCUGUUGGGGUGAGAGUGUGUGGCAAAGGUGCUCCAGUUGAUGCUGCUCCUGCUGAGAAGGAUGCUCCUGCUGGAGAUGAUGAUGAUGAUCUCGACCUCUUUGGUGAUGAGACAGAGGAGGACAAGAAAGCAGCAGAGGAGAGGGAGGCAGCUAAGAAGACAUCCUCCAAAAAGAAAGAGAGUGGGAAAUCUUCUGUCCUUUUGGAUGUGAAACCUUGGGAUGAUGAGACCGACAUGAAGAAGCUGGAAGAGGCUGUUCGGAGUAUUGAGAUGCCUGGUCUCUUUUGGGGAGCAUCAAAAUUGGCUCCAGUAGGUUAUGGAAUAAAGAAGCUUCAGAUCAUGCUCACAAUUGUGGAUGACCUUGUAUCCGUGGAUUCCCUAAUUGAGGAGCGUCUUACGGUCGAACCCUGCAAUGAAUAUAUCCAAAGCUGUGACAUUGUUGCCUUUAACAAAAUCUGAGAACCAUCUUACUGGAGGAGGGCAGGGUUGCUAUCUUCAUUCGGCUAAUUUUUUUUUUUUUCUUUCUAUCAUUAGUUGUCAUUUCCUAUUACUGUUUUUGUUCGGUCUUGUGCUUUUUGUUUUUUUGUGGCUCUCUUUCUAGAAUUGUGAGAUGAAAAAAUAAACAUUUGAAUCUCCCCCACAUCAGGUCUACUGAAUGAUAUUCUAAUAGAAGCCUGGUAUGAAAGCAGAUUCUCGUGUUUAAAAA